CUGCAACUUUCAAAUAUGAGGCCCACGGCUGGUGAGUUCAAAGCUUUGAAACUGAGCAGUUUCAAGUUCGACACCGACUACAACUCUUACAAGAGUCUUCCUGUUCCCGAAGAGCCAACUGUUGCUCAGAGUGACAUUUCUGUCAAGCUUGAUGCUUUUUCUGAGAAAUUUCAUGGGUUGGAGGUCAAGAUCGAUUCGUUGCAUACUUCCCAACAGAAGAUUUCAUCUGAUUUGGUUGAGUUGAAAGAGUUUGUGUCUGCACAGUUUGUUUCUUUUGGUGCUCAGAUGGCUUCAAUGCAGACACAGUUUUCUACUGUUUUUGCCGAUUCCUAUGCCAAGGACAAAGGCAGUGACUCUUCCAAUGAUGAUGAUGGAAGUGGUGAUGAAGCAGAUUUUGAUUUAAAUGAAUCUGAAGAAACUGAUGACAAUGAAGAAGAGAAUGUUAUGGGUGAUGAAGAAGGUGAGGGUAGUGAAGGUGAACAGAAGGAUGGUCAAGCUGAUGAAGAUUCUGACUCAAAAGAAAAAAAUGAUAAGGGCAGUGAUGAUGAAUCCACUGAUAGUGAGGAGAAGGUAGAUAAGUAGACAAUGUAACUAGGUUUUAGUUACUUUGUGUGGUUUAUUUUGUUGUAAGUCCGUUUUAGGUAGUGGUCUUGUAAUUCUAUGUUCUUGUUAUGUCUCUUGUUAUGUUUUAUUUUUUUUUAAGACAUUUGCAACUAUUUUUCAGACUAUUUAUUUGUAUUUAUUAUGUUAUUUAUAUGGCUGUGUUUAUAGAUUAUGUUGUUCGCAAUUUAUUGUUGGUCUUCUUAUUUUACUUGUUGUUUUUAUUUUGUUUUUAAGUUGUUAUGUAGUUUUUUUUUAGUUGUUGAAGUCUUUCACAAAAAAUAACUUCACUUUUUUUCCAUUUUCUUUUUCCUUUAUUUUCUGUAUCAAGAAUUUCGUUGAUUUCAAUGACGGGCCUAUUCAAAUAGAUGUUGAGGCUACUGUUCAGUCCGGUGUAAAAGCAGUUGAGAUUAUGGUAAUGUUGCUUUUGUGUUGUUUUUUGGUUGUGUAAAGGUUGUUAUUUUUUAACCAUGCUCUAAUUCCUUUUUAAUACCAUAUAUAAACAGAUGUCUUCAGAUGGAAUUGGUGGUGAUCCUUGUAAAC